CGGCGCCCCGGACGGCGCGAAGAGGAGGCGCGGGAAUGGAGGUGCAGGAGAGCGGUGGGGCUUCGGCCACUGCGCCUGCAGCCAGCAAGGCUCCCGGCAGCGCCGGCCACUACGAGCUGCCGUGGGUUGAAAAGUACAGGCCGUUGAAGCUGAACGAGGUUGUUGGGAAUGAAGACACGGUGAGCAGGCUGGAGGUCUUUGCCAGAGAAGGGAACGUGCCCAACAUCAUCAUUGCGGGUCCCCCCGGGACAGGCAAGACCACCAGCAUCCUGUGUUUGGCGCGAGCGCUGCUGGGUCCUGCUCUGAAGGAUGCAGUUCUGGAGCUGAACGCUUCCAACGACAGGGGCAUUGACGUCGUGAGGAAUAAAAUCAAAAUGUUCGCCCAGCAGAAGGUCACCCUCCCCAAGGGCCGGCACAAGAUCAUCAUCCUGGACGAGGCAGACAGCAUGACGGACGGGGCCCAGCAAGCCUUGAGGAGAACCAUGGAAAUCUACUCCAAGACAACUCGUUUUGCCCUGGCAUGCAAUGCUUCAGAUAAAAUCAUAGAGCCCAUCCAGUCGAGGUGCGCGGUCCUGCGCUAUACCAAGCUCAGUGACGCGCAGAUCCUGGCGCGGCUCUUGAACGUGAUCCAGAAGGAGGAGGUGCCCUACACGGAUGACGGCCUCGAAGCCAUCAUCUUCACCGCGCAGGGCGACAUGCGGCAGGCACUCAACAACCUGCAGUCUACCUUCUCGGGGUUUGGCUUCAUUAACAGCGAGAACGUGUUCAAGGUCUGUGAUGAACCUCACCCUCUGCUCGUGAAAGAGAUGAUCCAGCACUGUGUGAACGCCAACAUCGACGAAGCCUACAAGAUUCUCGCGCACUUGUGGCAUCUGGGCUACUCCCCAGAGGAUGUCAUCGGCAACAUCUUCCGUGUGUGCAAAACCUUCCAGAUGGCGGAGUACUUGAAACUGGAAUUCAUCAAGGAGAUCGGGUACACCCACAUGAAGGUCGCGGAAGGUGUGAACUCGCUGCUGCAGAUGGCCGGGCUGCUGGCCAGGCUGUGUCAGAAGACCAUGGCGCCCGUGGCCAGUUAGCACCGAGAGCUCUCGCAGGCCAAGGCCAUGUGACCCAGAAGUCCCUGUGCCCGAAGCCCAGGAGCCUCGGCCUCGGGGCAGGGAGGGGGACAAUGCAGGCUGUGUGGAUGGGGGUUGUGGCUUGCCAUGGCUCUCCAUUGCUCCUGGCACACACGCGGCACAAGUGUGUGCAUCCGGCAGAGAGCCAUGGGGGGACAGGCCCACGUGUGUG